UUCUCCAAAACCUCAACACUUUCAAUCUCUUUUACAGUUUAUCGAAAAGAUUGUCUUCCUUGGAGACGACAAUGCAGAGGUUUUGCACUAAGCUACGUUCCAUUUCCGCUCAAUCAAGUCGGAAUCUCUCUUUUAUCGGUGCUCCUCACCGUCUGAUCCACCAUUCUCCGUCUUCUCAAUCAACCCUAGGUUUCGCUACGACGAGCAAAUGGAGCUUCCUUCCCGCCGCCUCGCUUGGCGGAGUUUCUCCGUUGAAUCCUAGCUCCAUGGGCUCUACCUUUCUUCCUCAUCAUUUUGUUCAAGUACGGAAUAUCAGUUCCAAGGAAAAAAUGGCGAAAUGGAAGAAGAAGUGGAGACCUAGGACUCCGAUCACAUCAAAAGUGAAGAAAAUCAAGAUCAAGUUUUAUUCGUCAUACAAAGACAGGUUUAGACCACUCAAGGAUGGUACCAUCCGUCGCUGGAAAGAAGGCAAGCGCCACAACGCACACUUGAAGUCGAAGAAAUCAAAGCGUAGAUUGAGACAGCCUGGACUAGUACCACCAGCAUAUGCCAAAACCAUGAAGAAACUCAACUUCUGCAAUUGAGAGAUAGGAGAAACAAACACUUCAGUCUUUUCCAGAUAAUUUGGUCACUGGUACCCAAAAAUUGAUAUUAUCGAACGUUAGUUACUUUUUGUUUUGUUAUUGUUUCAGUUUUAACCUUGUUGCCAAUUAAUAAAUUGGCAUUUUGGUCCUUUUCUCAGGGUUUUAAAAAAUCUGAUGAAACUUUCUUUUUUCUUUGAAUAUACCAAGUUAUAAAGAUUGGUUGAUUUCGUUGAACUGGAAAAUAUUUGCUUACACUAGCCAAUUUACCAACCAAUUUGUCGGUUGGUUCUUUAUUGGUUUGUGUAUUUUAAUUGAAUUGUCAAUUUAUCAAAAA